GCAGCGCCAUGGGGAUACGGCACCUUCUGCUGCUCCUCAUCUACCUGGACCCGCUGUGCGUCCUGAGCGCAGCCACCGGCGGGAAGAAACCCAAACCCGCGCCCCGGAAGGGGGCCAACAAAGCCACGGUGGUGCCCACGGUGCUCUCCGCGCCCAAGACGCCGCCGCCCCCGCCGCCGAAGCCGCCCGUCAGUAACCACGACACCUGCUUGGGUUACUACGACGUGAGCGGCCAGUACGACAAGAUGUUCGAGUGCAACAACACGGACCACCGGUACUGCUGCGGGACGUGCUACCUGCGCUUCUGCUGCGAGUACAAGAAGGACCGGCUGGACCAGAAAGCCUGCAGGAACUACCAGACCCCGGAGUGGGUGCAGACUCAAGCCCCGUCUCCGGUCCCCACCGGAGAGACCUACGAUCCCAGCAUGGAUCAGACCAACACGGCGGUCUACAUCACCUGUGGGAUCAUAGCCUUCAUCAUUGUGCUGGGAGUGUCCGCCAAAGUUGCGUACGACAAAGCCACGGAGCCGCCUCAGGAGAUGAACAUACACAGGGCCCUCGCCGACAUCCUGAGGCAGCAGGGGCCGAUCCCCAUAUCGCAGUACGACUGCGAGAACUUUGCGGCGAUGAACGGCUCGCCCAAAGACAACACGCCGGUCAGAACCUCCUCCAAGAACCACUACACGCCUGUGCACGGAUCCAAGUCCAACCACGGCCUCCACUACGGGAAGGAGAGCGUCCGGAGCAGCGGCGGUGCCGACCUUCACAACUUCAUCUCCUCCGGCUUCGUGACGCUGGGCCGAGGCCACCAGAAAGGAGAAAAACAUUGGCCGGUCCGCUCCCAGAGUCACCAUGGUACCCAUCAGCACAACUAUAACCAUGUGGCUCUAGGUAGCCCCACACGCACACCUAAGAAUGCUCACCGAUCGUUGAGACGCGAAAACAAUCGGAUAAGCGGCAUCCUGACCUCGCAGACGGAGCCCUACGACCUGUCGUUCUCUCGCUCCUUCCAGAGCCUGUCGCACCUGCCGCCCUCCUACGAGGCGGCCGUCAAGGCCGACCUCAGCCGCUUCUCGUCCCUGAAGAAACUCACCGAUAAAGAAGUCGACGACUACUACACUCGUAAGCGCCACUUGCCCGACCUAGCAGCGAGAGGCACCCUUCCCUUGCAUGUUCUUAAAAUGACUCAAGACCAGCACCGGGAUCAGCAGCAGCUCCAGAGUCAGCCCCCGCAGUCCUCCAUCUCGCAGGCCCCUCCCCAGUCGCAGUCAUCGCAGCAGUCUCAGCAGAGGCAGAGGCCCCGUCGAGUCCAGAGGGCCAUGUCCCAGGACCGGGUCCUGUCCCCGCAGAGGGCCCCGCAGCAGGAUUACAGCAUGUCUUCGAACGGCAUGUCCCCUUACGGAGGGAGGAUCCUCUCCGACGAGCAGCUCCUGUCGGCCGAACGCCUCCGAUCCCAGGAGCGACUGCUCCCACAGGACCGCCACACGUCCCAGGACCGCCUGUACACCAAGGACCGCAUGUACUCCAAGGACCGCCUCCUGUCGCAGGAGCACCUCUACUCGAAAGACCGCCACUACUCCCAAGAACGCCUCUACUCGCAAGACCGCCUCUACUCGCAAGACCGCCUCCUGUCCCAGGACCCUCUGCUCUCGCCGGACAAGCUGAUGCUGUCGCUGAAGCGCGGCAUGGUCAGCAGCAUCUCCGGAGGCUUUCGCGGCAGCGACAAGUCCAUGUCGCGUGCCAUCUCACACACAGACGUGUUCAUACCGACCACGCCCCUCAUGGAUCGCUACAAGAUGACCAAAAUGCACUCCCAUCCCAGCGCCUCCAACAACGGCGGUGCUGGAGGAGGCGGAGGAGGUGGCGGUGGUGGAGGAGGAGGAGGAGGAGGUGGAGGAGGAGGCGGCAGUAGUGGGCCACCGGGAGCGGGACGAUCCGAGCACUCCAACACUUUAGCCAUGAACCAGACAACCACUAAGAGGCAGGCGUUCGCCUCCAGACGGACUCACACUGUGGAGCAGCUCCACUACAUCCCACAGCACCACCAGCAGCAGCAACAGCCACAGCACUACCGCACAGGCAGCAAGACUGAGGUGACUGUGUAACGGCGGCCGCCGCCGGUGGGGGGAGGUGGGGGCGACCUGCCCGAACUGCACAGGUGUGUGGAUUUGACUGAGGUACACGGGUACACUGGCCUUCUUUAGGGUAGGAUGGUGGCAGAUUCACUUUUCUUUGACUGAAGUUCCUGCAACGUCAGAGGUUCAAGGACCAAGAACACUUACUAGCUUACUGUGAGAGACCGGAAAAAUGAGUUACACUGUACACUGAAUACACAGGCCCGGCUAGAUCAGAAGCCAGAGAGGGUUGUGGAGAACAGGGGGGAGGUGUAGUAUUAUCCAGCUAACUUGCCUAUUAUUAUUUCCAACGCCUCGAUUAUCCAACUCAUUCACAGGCUGCGGCCUCAUUCUGUGUAUGUUUUAGUGGGAAAACACUGAUAGUGUCUGUUCAAGACGCCCCUCUUUGUCCAACAAAUCUAUUCUGUGACCUUUUCUGGCAAAAUCUCAAAGGGCUUUGCAUGGUUAAACACAAGAACUGAUUCCUCCGUGACUUCUGUUGUGCAACACAACACCACCACAGGUGACGAACCAGAAUGAGCCUGUAACAACUUUAUAAAUAUAUAAAUAAAUGAAGGAAUAAAACAAGCAACCAUUUGUACGCCCUGUCCUACUCAUAGCUCUAGAGAAUCUCGACGAGAGAGAUCGAAAUGGAUGUUAUCAGCACUUCUGUUCGGUGCCUCUGACGGAUGAUCCAUUUCUAAAAAUGAAGUGGUUUUGUGGGUUACAAAGCACAAUCAAUGAAAAAACUGUUCUGUUUUUCAAUUUUACUUUCGAGUUUGAAUAGUGAUGGCUAGCUUGUUUUGUUCUUAAAGCAAUGGCAGGUUUUUUUUUUUUCCUUUAGUUUUUUCUUUUCCGCUUCCAGUAGACGAUUGUAAAUAAGCUAUUCUAGAAGCAGUAAUAUGGACAAGUCUGUACUGGAUGGACUUUGUAUUAGACUGUCUGUUUUCAAUAGAUUCUU